AAUUGAAACGGCAGGAUGUGUGCAUCGUAGACCAGAUAAGAUAGCGUGGGUCUCACUCAAGUGUAAUUAUUAUCCGCCUCAUACUACUUGCUCAGAGAGAGAGAGAGAAUGGGAACUGCAAUAUCAAAUAUGUUGGGGGCAGGUGAAGGGAAUGAAUCCGAGCAUAGUGGCGUCACUAAGUUGAGCUCAUCAGCUCAGUGGCAGCUUCACUUCAACGGGAUGAAAGAUUCGAACCAGCUGCUGGUGAUUGACUUCUCCGCAAGCUGGUGUGGGCCUUGUAAGUCCUUCGAGCCCGCGGUCAGACACAUGGCUGUCAAGUUCACUGAUGUUAGCUUCGUCAAGGUGGAUGUCGAUGAGCUUCCCGAGGUGGCUAAAGAGUUCGACGUGACGGCGAUGCCAACUUUUGUGCUGAUGAAAAAUGGUAAAGAAGUUGACAGGAUCGUUGGAGCCAAACAAGAUGAACUUGAGAAUAAAGUUACCAAACACAGGGGGGGACAGUGAUGAUGAUCAUCAUCAAGUUAAGAAAACCCUCUUCACUUAUAAUAAUAAUAAGCCAUUGUGUAAUAAAACCUAUAUAAAUAAAUGGCUUUUUGUUGAUUCCUAUUUGUCCCUUACGUGUGAUUUGAUUAAAAAAAUGGUUUGUUGAAAAAGUUUUAAACUCUGUUAUAUGAUAUAAUUAAGUUUAUGCUUAUGUGCAUUUGGAAUCUAUUUUAGCGUCUGGUCUGGCUUAAGCGUAUGAAUAGGUUGCAUAUUCACUUUUCUUGUGGCGUGCCAACAGAUGGUGAAGUGAUAAGUGGCAUGAGAAGAGAUGUUAAUGUCUUGAUCUUCCUAAACAUCAAGAAAGCUCUUGAAGAUGGAACUGCUUUCUACAUUUCAGACAAUAAGGUGGUUAUGACUGAAGGCAUUGAUGGUGUAGUGUCUGUUGAUUACUUCCAAAAGAUAGAGUCUUGGCCUAGUAGGCAACAAAUACAUUUCUGAUUUUUGUACACUUUUGUAUUUUUGGUUGAUGAAAUCAACAUUAGUUCGGAGUUGCAAUAGUUAUAAUUUAUAAUCUUGAUUUAAGUUUC